UUGUCAUUGGAUUUUGGGUUGGUCUUGCUGUCUUCGUGAUUUUCAUGUUUUUUGUACUGACCUUGCUGACCAAAACAGGAGCACCACACCAAGAAAAUGCAGAACCUUCUGAAAAGCAUUUUCGAAUGAAUAGCUUUGUUACAGACUUUGGAAGGCCUCGGGAGCCGGAUAAGAUAUUUUCUCGCCCAGCAACCUCUGAGUCCAGAUUUCUCUUCCAUUGCUAUAUCAAUGAAGUAGACCAGUUGGAUAAGCCAAAGACAAGUCACAAAGCGACUGCUGUGGAUGCUGAUGAACUCUUCCAGGAGGGAUCCCGAAGCAGCGGGAGACUAGAAGAAGAGGACCUGACCCAGAUGAGCAAAUUCAACAUCCCCAACUUUGUGAACACUGACCCAAACUCCUCCUUUGGGGAGGAUGAUCUCCUGAUUUCUGAGCCACCAAUUGUUCUAGAAAACAAGCCAAUAGCCCAGACCUCCCAUGAAGUCCUAGAUUAAGAAACAUUUGCUAAAGGAAUGUCAUAGGUCCAUGUACUGCUUCACAAGGGAUUUUCUUCAUGGGCAGCUUCAGAUUUGUUUCAGGGGUGUGUGUGUGUGUGUGUGUGUGUGUGUGUGUGUGUGUGUGUGAGAGAGAGAGAGAGAGAGAGAGAGAGAGAGGGAGAGAGAGAGUGUGUACUUGUUUGGUGUUUUGGACUUUUUUCGGGGAAAAGAAUUUAGACUAUCACACUUUUGGCGGGUUGGAAAUGGUUUAAUCCCUUGUAAAUUGAGAGGCAGUCUGCACAGUGGAUAGACAACUGGAUGUAGAGUUAGAAAGACCACAUUCAAGUCCUCCCUCUGACAUACACCGGCUGUGUGAUCCUAGUCAAGUCUCAUUAUUCUAGGCAACUCUAGAAGACUGGGAGUCUUAGAAAGUACCAGCCUGCUUUGGUGGAAGGUGUUUCUCAUCCAGGAGUUCAUCCCCUUUAUCAAAGAAGUCACAGGCCUAGUUCCUAUCCUAUGUAUUAUACUAGUUGGUUUAAGUCCUUAUAGGCAGGGCUAUGUUAAGCCAGUGUGAAUGAAUGAAUACCCUCUCCUCUCCUGUUCUGGGAGUCUACAAAAAGGGCCUUAUCACUGGUGGGCCCUUUGCCCAAUUAUUAAACAUAGCUCUUUGAGUAGUGGAGGCAGUAGGGGUGUGCCUGAGGGGUGAGAAUCCAUUUCCUAAGAGCAUCACAGUUAGCCAUUAACCAAAGUGUCAACUGCCUUGUCCUACACCAGGUGUUCUUACUCAAUUGGAUAUACCUGCUGUAAUUUCCCCAAAGAGUGAGUGGUGGGACGUGGCUGGUGUCGGGCUUUGUGUCUGUGAUACAGACCUGAAUUCAAAUCCUGCCUCAAACACUCUUUAGUUGUACCAAUCUGACAAGCCAUUGAACUCAGAACCUCAGUUUGCUCAUCUGUAAAAGGGGAUGAUGAUGAUGAUAAUAGGAUCCACUUCACAGGGCUGUUGUGAGAA